AUGUAUAAGGGCAAACAAGAUCUUAGUUUUGAAGAAAGGUUUGAUGUGCUAGUUACAAACGUUGAUUCAAGAGGAAUAUGUACAAAGCAGCCACUACGUGUACAGGAAAACGCGGCUUUUGUUAUCCAGAGGUCUGCGCUAAAAGGCAAAGGUGACUGGUUAGUAACAGAUCUCGGUUCCUUCUCUAAUUUGGGACACAGUGGAAAAGUCUUGCAAGUGGAAGAUGGGGAUAUCUUAGCCAGUACACGGUGGCCUAGACGUGUAGAAGAUAGAUUUGAAUUGAAUAAAGAUGAAUACCUUGUCCUCAGCACCUAUUGGAAGCAUGCGAAAUACAGUGAUUACUCAAGAAUAACAACAGUCGUGUCAAAGAAAGUUGGCCAGGAACUUGAUCUUGCCUUGGUACAGUACUGGUAUGACGGUGAAGAACAUUAUAUAAGUCCAAAGAAACAUCCAAGAACAAAGCCGUUUAUCCCAACCGCUUCAAGUGCAAGGCACUCGAUUGAAGAUAAAGUUAAGCAUCCCAUGGGGCCUUCAACCAUAUUUGACAAAGUAUUUGAAGAGGCUGGUGGUAUGCUUGAUGUGGAAGCAAUUUCACACGCACCACGAAACAUUUACAAGUGAAGAACGCAAGAGCCAAGCUAAAAAGAGCUAGCACUGAUGAAGACGAGUUUUACUCCGUACUUGCACUGGGAAAAGAGAUGGGUGGGUCGUGUAUCAAAGGACUUCAGUGGACACCAUCACCAAGAGUUGUUUACGUAGAGGACUGGCAGAUGGCUGAAAUUGUCGAAAAUUGUUGUCAGCCAGAUUCGACCUGUGUUUUGUCAAUAGACACUACAUUUAAUGUUGGACAAUUUUAUGUCACCUCCACAAUGUACCAAAAUGCUAAGUUUGUUAACCAACGAAUGGGAAAACUCGCGAAUUUGCCGGGUCCCGCUCUCUUCCAUGUCUGUCAAGACGAAACCCAAUUUCUCUUCUUCUGCAACAACUUGCUGGAAACGAACUAUGGAUUUGAGAAAGUUCGUUUUGUCGGUGGAGACUGUGACAAGGGACAAAAGAGGUUUCUGAAACCGCUUGAAGGAGUGACUUACCUCCCACGCAAGAAACACACUGAGGACAAUAUGAAGGCAAAAAUGCCGAGCUAUCAGUUGGAUGCAUCCGAAAAAAAAAUUAUUCUUGAAGAUGUUUUUGGCAGUAAAAUCCCACCAAAGAGAGGCUUAGUAGAUUGUAAUACAACUGACGAAUUCGAAACCAUGAUGGCAGAAGUAACAGGAAAGUGAGACGAACAGUUCACUUUGUACUUCAAUCAGUGUAUCGCAGAUGACAUCCAGAAUGGCAUGGCAGCUGGAAUAGGACGAGAGAUAGGACUAAAGGGCGACUUUUUUUACAACAACGCCGCAGAAUGUCACAAUUUCCGGUACAAGCUGAAGGUUAAAGAGGAUAAAGCAGCAAGUGCAAUUGCAGGAUUUCCUAAGAAGUUAUGCUCUUGGGUGGAGGCCAUAGAAAGUUAUAGGAUGGUAUUUGAAUGCAGAAACAAUAUCCAGAGAUCUUUUAUUGGCGAAGGACCAUUCACUUUGGCUCCUGACUACAGGAACCUAGAGGUUCCUACAGCAUAAUGGAUGUCUAAAACGCCAGAAGAAAGGCGAAAACACAUGGCCAAAAUCGACCACUAUGCAAAGCAAAAUGCUGCUGCUAUCAGUCCAGCAAGCCUUGCUUGUAGCAGUAAAAGUAAUGAUGAAAGUGAAGACUCUAAGGAUGAUGACGUUGUUAUUGUCGAGGACAUGUCAACGCCCUCUGCUUCCGCGAAUACUGAUUAUUGUCUCAGCAGCUUUGAUGUCUCCGGAUUACCUAAUCAUUUGCGUGGUUCCUGGAAUAAUGCCAAAAAAUUCUGGAGCUCCAUGGGAUCGGAGAGUUUCCUAGUAAGGAUUCUAAAAGGGCUGUGA